AUGCCCCCGACUAAGAAUAACAUAUUACGAGGUAUGAUCGCGCUGGAGAUUGACGAGUUCAUGCAUACCUUCUGUUGCCACCCAAAUCUAGUCAGCAAUUCUUACACCACGAAUGAUGCCGCUUCCUUAGCGACUGAGCAAUGCUUGCUCUCCGGUGUGGCUAAGAUGCUCUCAUCAGCGAAAUCAGAUGAGGCCAUGCAAGAAAGUACAAGACUUAGCGAUCGUGUUAUGACCUUGGAAAAUGGACUUGGCAUAUUAAGAUCUCAUCCUGCUUCUCGAAUGCAACGAGGCAUACUAAAGCCAACAACACUCGUAGAAACCCCACUGCUAUCUGCGGAAAUACAAGCCACGCACAAGCCGUCAGCCGCAGCGAAAGCACGACCAUUUGAGAACGUCUUCGAUACUCCGAUCACUGAAACGACUAAUAAAAAGCUUCUUUUCGCCUUCCGCAAGUAUCAAACGCUCUCAUCAAGGCAAGUGAAGACUGUUACACCUAGUGAACCAACGCAGCGAGCGUCCACAUCAGCGACACCAAUAACUGCCCCUGCAUCAAAUAUCUACAGGAGCCGCGGUACCUCGAAUGUUCCUAGUACCUCCGAUGCAUUAAAUCAAGGAAUAGGUGGUCUUUUCGGCCAGGCUACUUUGGCGAAGUCUGCUGGCCUGAAUAACAGUGCCAAAUUCCCCAGCGUAUUUGCUUCAACCUCACCUUUCAGCAAAUCAGCUAUUCCAUCAAAUCAGUUCGAACACAGUGCAACGAGUCAUCCGCGUUCUGGGCUAUUUGAAUCGCCUUCGACAAACAACACCAGUGGCAUUUGUAGUCACCAGCCCUCUAACCUCUUUGAUUACAAUCGCGAGACGUCGAAGCCGUUUGGCGGCAAUACACCUAAAGGUACGCCUGAUUCGUUUUUCCCUUACACCGACGACAGCCGCCAGAAAAAAGAGUAUUUCCAAUUUAUUGCAGCCUAUUAUGCUUAUCGGAACAUGUUGUUCGAGGUCGGCUUACUUCUUUAUGCACAAGAAAUGAUAAAUGCUAAGUAUCUGUACACGAACAUGGGCUCGAAGACCACGCCCUUAGCAGCAAAUGGACAGUGUAGCUACACUCGUGAUACAAAUUAG